GGACCGGUUCAAAAUAAUCAGAUUAACUCCAAAAGGCAAAACCCAGUUAAACCCUCCGGCGCCGGGUGCCACUAUCCUCCGCCCUCUUGUUGCUCUGUGCUAUGAUUUCUGCAACGCAACCAUCACUCCUGCCGGAAAAUGAGAAUCUACAGAGCUUUCAAUUUCCGAACUCUCAAACAGCGCAGACUCACGAACCUCGGUUCCACAAACCAAGGUCAGAUUUCUGCUCAUAUUUGUUCAAUCUCUCACCUAGAGGCUUCGUCACAAACCCUAGAUCAGCUCUCAAUCCCUCCUCCAGCCGUUGAUAGGAACGUCGAAGAAUACUUAGAAAAAGCAAUCUUAGAUUCUGAGUGGCAUUCAAUCGAACGGCUCUCUCCAAAUCUCACUCCGUCUGUGAUCUCUAAUGCCCUUUCUAAGCUCCGCGGAUCGCCUGACACUGUUCUAGCGUUAAUUGAGAAAUUAGGUUUUGAAUCCCUUGAUGUCAGAUGCCUUUGCCUCGCAGUGGGUGUAGUCUCUCGCCUUCCAUCGCCACAACCCGCUUUACAGCUCUUGAAGAGAGCAUUGGAAGGCGGUGUUGCAACGAACCAGGAACUUUUCGACGAGUUAGUGCGUGUUCGCGAGAACUUGAGCUUGUCCAGUUCAAUUGUUCUGGAUUUGCUGAUUCGGGCGUGUUGUGGAUUGAGGAGAGCAGAGCAAGCUCUCGAAUGUUUCUACUUGAUGAAGGAUCAGGGGAUUCUUCCCAAGAUUGAAACUUGUAAUGAGUUAUUGAGUUUGCUUUUGAAACUGAAUAAGACCGUCACGGCUUGGGCUCUGUAUGCUGAAAUGUUCAGGUUGAGGAUCCCUUCCACAGUCAUCACGUUCAACAUUAUGAUUAAUGUAUUGUGUAAGGAAGGAAAACUGAAGAAGGCUAAGGCUUUCAUUGGACACAUGAAAGGUCUGGGAUUUAAACCAACUGUUGUCACUUACAACACGAUAAUUCAUGGGUACUGUUCGAGAGGCAAACUCGAAAGCGCUCAAGAGAUGUUUGAUUCUAUGAGAAAUAUGGGUAUACAACCAGACUCUUACACUUAUGGUUCUCUCAUCAGUGGGUUGUGCAAGGAGAGAAAACUUGAAGAAGCAACAGCUCUUUUUGGCAAAAUGGUGUAUGAAAGGCUACUACCUACUGCUGUGACAUACAACACAUUAAUUGAUGGAUACUGCAACAAGGGGAACUUGGCAAUGGCCUUUAAGUACAGGGAUGAAAUGGUUACUAAAGGAAUAAAGCCAACUGUCUCCACAUACAAUUUGCUGGUUCAUGCCCUGUUUAUGGAAGGUAGGGCAGCCGAAGCAGAUGGCUUGAUCAAGGAAAUGGCUGAAAGGGGCUUGGCUCCUGAUGCAAUCACAUAUAACAUCUUAAUAAAUGGGCACUGCAAGGAAGGGAAUGCAAAGAAAGCCUUUGACCUGCAAGUGGAAAUGUUAAGUAGAGGGAUUCAUCCUUCUACAGUGACGUACACACCCCUAAUCUAUGUUUUGAGCAAGCAGAAAAGAAUGCAAGAGGCUGAUAACUUAUUCAAGCAGAUUGUCUGUAAAGGAAUUUGCCCUGAUGUCAUAAUGUUCAAUGCGCUGAUUGAUGGCCAUUGCAUCAAUGGGAACAUGGAGCGGGCUUUUAUGCUCUUGAAGGAGAUGGAUACUAAGAAGGUUGCUCCUGAUGAGGUGACCUACAAUACACUAAUGCAAGGGCUCUGUAGGGAGGGGAAAAUUGAGGAAGCUCGUGGACUUCUCAAUGAAAUGAAGAUUAGGGGCAUCAAACCUGAUCACAUCAGUUACAACACGCUCAUUAGUGGGUAUAGUAGGAAAGGUGAAAUGAAAGAUGCCUUUAAAGUUCACGAUGAGAUGUUGAGCAAAGGUUUCAAUCCCACUCUUCUCACUUACAAUGCUCUUAUCCAAGGGCUAUGCAGAAACAAGGAAGGAGAUCAUGCUGAAAAACUCUUCAAAGAGAUGGUAAGCAAAGGUAUUACUCCUGAUGACAGCACCUACUUCUCAUUGAUUGAGGGGCUUGGGGAAAAUGAAGGCUUGUUAGAGAACACUGGGAUGUAAUCCAUUGUUGACCAGCAGACUUUCAAAUUUCUUUUGAACAUUU